CUCAUAUCAUAAGCAUAUUUUCAUUUCUUUAUAUUUUUCUACUUUCUAGACUUUUUCCCCCUCUCUCCUUUUCCUAUUAGCUUUACUAAUCCCCUCUUAUUCAAGGUAUGGGUAUAUUUUCUUAUACAUUUAUUGAAGUACCCAAGCCGUACCCGUAUCUACUAAUUUUUACUUUGCCGUUUUCCGUCCCCGUUUCCGUACCCGAUUCAUGUUCCCGUACCCGUUUCAGUGCAACCUAGCUUCUAACAACCCACCAAUAAAUAUGCUCUUAAGUAUAGGAGCACCCAACAAUCGAAGAAACGACUUUACUUGAGAGCAGGGAUUAAUGUUUUAGUCCAAGUCUUAACAACAUACCACCAUCUCUGAAAUUUAAAGUUGUCUGUUGGGGAUUUAGCCUAAGAACAAAACACCUUCAAGACACCAAACCCAUUUCAAAAGUUCACAAAUUGAUCACACAAACACGUCACAAAAGGGUAUUUACGUCAUUUUCUGUAGUCGAGAAUCUUUGACACAUAUGUGUGUGUUAUAUAUUACACAAGUCUGUCAGAUUGUAACCAGAAUCCGCGAGAACCGACAACCCUAGAAGAUCAAAAAAAAUAGGGAGGAGAAUUAAGGAAGAUCUAAAAACUCCUUUUGCGAAACCUACUAGAUCUAAAAGAUGUCAACAGAGACGACGACUUGUCUUCCGCCGGAUAGUGAGAUGGUACCAUCGUCUCAUACCUCGUGUACUCCGAUCCUUGACCUGGCCCAUCGCUUCCAUCUCACCCAUCCUCGGAUUGGUUAUCUAUGUGUUCAUGGUGCGCAUGAGGAGUCACAAAGGCUUUACCCCGCAUCACGCAUGAGUGACAUAUUUCGUUUACCUUUAGGUGGUGGUGUUCUAAAAUUUAACUUUACCCUUACGUAUUGGAUCAGAAGGAAUGAUGAAACAAGUGAACAAGGGCAGUUUCAGCCUCAUACCGAUUUACCUCAUUUGCAAAGUUUCUGUCUAGACUUUUACGAGAAAAACAUCAUAGCUGUGAUCAAGAUCAUUGGCAACCAAUAUACAUAUUUGAAAGAAAAUGAUCAUUCAAGAAGAGACGCUGCUUACCAUGCCCUCAAGGCCGCCUUUCCCACUUAUGAGUGUCGUAGAUCUAUCGAUCACAUUAUAGAUGCAUGUGAAACUGCUCGUGAUCUCUUCAAAGUCUUGGAGCUUCUUUCCAAAGAUGUACAACUGCCUUCUGAGAUUUUGGAAGCCCAUACUGACACUACAAGAAAACAAUCGAUUUGCGAUGGAAGAAUAUCUAGCUAAUCCCUCGCAAAACAACUAUAGCAAGGGAUUUGCGAGGAAAGUCAAUCCCUGGCAAUUCGCUUCUGGCAAAUUGGUCAACGUUGCAAUUCCCUCGCAAUAUUUGCUAGGUAUUAAAUCUCUCGCAAAAUAAUCGUAAAUUGCGAGGACUAAAAGCAGUAGCAGAUUCCUUGCAAUAUUGUUCAUAGUACAUCCCGCAGAUUUUGCUAACGAUUUACGAGGAAAUUUUUGAAAAAAAAACUAUAUAUUUUCUUAAAUAAUUUAAUAUAUUUAAUUUUUAUUA